AUGAGGCAUUCAAUCUCUCACUUACAGUUAGCAAGAAUAGUUCAAGGGACAGGUCUAUCGCAUAGUGUAUGGAUAGGCGGUGUAUCUGCUACUGAGCAGGUACAAGAAAUAAAUAAUAAACAAAUAGAUAUAGGUGUAUGUACACCUGGACGUGUUGAUGAAUUAUGUCUUAGAGGAAAAGUCUCCUUAGAAUUUGUACAACUUCUUGUAUUAGAUGAGGCAGAUGCUAUGCUGGAUCUAGGGUUCCAGAAAGUAAUUAGGCAGAUCUAG